AUGGCGAUGGCGAUGGCAUUUGGGUUAUCCACAGACACAUUCCACGGCAAUUGGAGCAGUUUCUUAAACAGAUUUCUAUAGUAACGAAUGGUUUUUGUAUAAUUAAAAACGCAAACCCAUCGCACAAAGCGCUUUUUCAUCAAUUUCCUGCUACUUUCGCCUCACAACUUAACCCCAUCUUCCAAAACCCUACUCUCUUUUUUCCUUCAGAUUUGUUUCUGGGUCGGAGGUUAUGGCUUCCGAGAGUGCUUCCAGAUCCAGUUCAGCCGCCGAUUCAUAUAUUGGAAGCUUGAUUAGCUUAACUUCCAAGAGUGAGAUUAGAUAUGAAGGUGUUCUUUACAAUAUCAACACCGAAGAGUCCAGUAUCGGACUGAGAAAUGUACGGUCAUUUGGAACAGAAGGGAGAAAGAAGGACGGACCACAAGUCCCACCAAGUGACAAAGUGUUUGAAUACAUCUUGUUCCGUGGAAGUGAUAUCAAGGAUCUACAGGUAAAAUCUUCUCCACCUGUUCAGACUACAUCCUUGAUAAACAACGAUCCAGCUAUUAUUCAGUCUCACUAUCCUCGUCCAGCAUCGACUUCUUCAAGCUUGCCUCCUCCUGUUAGUGGGCCUUUGCCUGAUAUUAAUUCUCAGGCCAUACCAAUGGGAAUGCCUGGAUCUAAUUUCCAGGGUGGGUUGCCUUUAUAUCAACCUGGAGCAAAUGUAGGGUCUUGGGGAGCUUCUCCUACGCCACCUCCACCAAAUCCAAGUGGUGGUGGGCUUGCUUUGCCAAUGUACUGGCAAGGGUAUUAUGGCCCCGGUAAUGGACUUCCUCACAUGCAUCAGCAAUCGUUACUUCGUCCUCCACCUGGCCUGUCAUUGCCUUCUUCCUUGCAGCAGCCACUGCAAUAUCCUAAUCUUAAUGCUUCUUUACCAACUGGUGCGCCAAAUUUAUUAGAAGUUCCAUCUUCUUUAUUCUCCGCUAAUCCUACCACUCCUAGUUUAUCUUCCACAGCAUUGCCACAAGUAACUGUAUCUUCGACACUUCCAUCUGUGCUCUCAGCUCCACAGACCUCUGAGAUUUCAUCAAGCUCAGUGGCUAACAAGACAGUACUUCCUGAAGCUCCUCUUAGUACCAACUUGCCAUCACUCUCUCCCUUGGCGGCGAGUUCAGAUGUCAAUCCUGUUAUGCCUCCAAUUACCAACAAAACUACUACAGUUUCUGGUCCAGCAUUGUCUUAUCAAACUAUCUCUCAAUCUACUUCCUCUGUUGCUGGAACAUCAAACUCUGUUCUCACAGGUGUACCUGCACCUACCCUUGUGACUCCUGGCCAGCUGUUGCAAACUACUGUAGCCUCUUCAUCUUUGCAAACAGUUCAAAAGGACGUUGAAGUGGUUCAAACAUCUUCCACAUUAGCAGCAGAACAUACUGUUCCAGCAGCAGAUACUCAGCCACCAUUAUUACCAUUACCGGUGCCUUCACGAGCUAUGCAUAAGCCAAAUGGUUCAACUUCACAAACUCGGUACAUCUACAGGGGACGUGGUAGAGGAAGACGAUCUGGGAACUCACAUCAAACAGAAAGAUUUACGGAAGAUUUUGACUUCAUGGCAAUGAAUGAAAAAUUUAACAAGGAUGAAGUUUGGGGUCAUCUUGGUAAGAAUACCAAAUCUCAUCAAAAGUACACCGAUGGGGAUGAAAAGUUUAGUGAUGAAGAGGAUGUCUAUGAAGAAGAUGAUGGUGAAUCGUCAAACUUAGAGAUCAAGUCUGUGUACAAUAAGGACGACUUUUUUGAUACUCUCUCGUGCAACAAUGCUGACAAUGAUGCUCAAAAUGGAAGGAGGACAAGAUACUUCGAACAAGUCAAGUUGGAUACUGAGACAUUUGGUGAAUUUGCAAGAUUCCGAGGUGGUCGUGGUGGUUAUGCUUCUGGACGUGGUGGCCGUCGUGGUGGUUAUUACGGGAGAGGAUAUGGCCACUCUGGAAGGAGUCGAGGGCGGGGAAUGCAUAACUAUUAUCCGUAGGUUUUCUUGGUUAUGCUCGAAUGCUUACAGACAAAUGAGAGCAACUAAAUCUCAGGAGGAUCAACGAUAACUUUUCCCUUUUCAAGUUUUAUACUGUUGUGCAGAAAAUAAAGAGUAGAAUAUGUGGUUCACAUUUUACGUCAGAGGCUUUGUUUUGGGCUUUUCUUUGUUGUAAAAGUGAAGACGUAGUUCUAAGAAGAAUUGGUGUUGUAGGCUCUCCGUCGACCCAUAAGGAUGUAGUGAAGGAGUUCUAGUCCUUCAAGUCAUCCUUGGUACCUUUUCUCAUUUGUAAUUAACUGUCACCUUGCGUCUUAUUCCAUACUUGGCUUUUGAGGCCUGACUCGAAAUAUCAUUAUUUAUCAUUUUAUAUUUUGUUAAAUUUGAUUUCUUGUUAUAUUGUUA